CUGGCAUAUAUACAGUGUAUAUCAUUCCACCUGCGCAGUUUUUCUGGCAUAUAUACAGUGUAUAUUAUUCGAUACCGCUGAAAAGAGGCAAAAAUGGAUUCGAUGCCGUACAACUGUUUAUAAAUGGUUGGAUUGAUAGUGGGAAAAGUUUUAAUUUGAGCAUUCAAGCUGUUAUAACUUGCUGAGAUCCAUGAUAUGCGUAGGGAAUGCCCAAAGCAUGAAACAGAAGAAUGAGCAACCAGGGAUCCACUCACAACACGCCAACCUGUUGUUGGAGGCUCCCACAUCAGAAUCAUCAUGGACCAAUGAAAAACACAGCUUGCAUCUCAAUUCCAUGGAGGAAGCCUUUGUCUCACGUCUUUAUACAUAUCCCUGUAAAAGAUGGCGAGCAGAUAGAGGAGAAAUAGCCUCUGUAUUUAGACUCGAUUUAAAUGAGGAAGUUGAGUCUGGAUUUUCCAAUGGUCAAGAACUGUUUGGGUUUGCUGAAAGUGAACCAGAGAAGCCUAGCCUAUAUCAUGAUGUUCAAAACAAUUCAAAAGAGUGUGGAUUGAAGGAGAAAUGCAGCAGUAAUGAUACAACUCAGGAAAACGAUAGAAAUGGGAGAAGGAAGAAGAGGUAGUUACAACAUCCAAACAGGGAAAUAACAGAUGUGUUCGAAGAAGUGCAGUCUAAAUAUAAUGAUGAACAUGCAAGAAAUUUCUAUGCAGGGCGAGAUCGGUUGACAGAAGAUACAACUGUUUCAGAAACUUCAGUGAAAACCUUGAGUGACAACCAGGAGGAUCAGAGCAUUCCAUUAAACAAUGAGACAUCUCCCAAGGAAGAUGGCAAGCCCUGAUAAGACUCGAAUUUUUCUGUCUUGAUAAUGUAAUUGACUAGUUGGAGAUAUUUUAACCACUUAACUAAUUGGAAGCUUUAAUUGAUCUUUAUACCAUUAUGAACAAGAGCUGCAAGGCAGCGAAGUUCCUGCCAAGUCUGGAAGAACAAUUUUGAUUAGUUUUGAUUUGUUUUUGUUUGUGAAUACAUGACAUUCGCUUUGGCAGAACAAUUUUGUUU